AUGUUCACCCCCUCUGCUGUACAUCCCUUUGAACCUCUAUAUCAGCCCCGUGUUUUAGCAAGCAUCACCUGUGCUGCACUCGUUCUGUACGUGGUCGCAGGGUUUUUCACGAACCAAUUGCACAACAUACCUGGGCCAUGGCUUCCAGCACUAUCCUCGCUACCACUGUUCGUGCAGUCCUUACGAGGGAGACGCGCGAUGUGGAUCAUGCAGCAACACAAGAAGUAUGGCCCAGUCAUACGUAUUGCGCCCAACAAAGUUUGUGUUUCUGCCGACGAGGGCGUCAAAAUGAUAUAUAGCAACAAAGCCGCUAAAUCACAUGCGUAUGAUGCGUUCCGUUUCAAGGACGUCAAGAUGUGUAUUGGAUUGUUGGACAUGAAAGAGGCUCAUGCAAGAAGGAAAGCCCUUUUGCCCGCAUUUUCUCGACAAAACCUAGUCGAGAUGGAACCCGUCAUCCGCCGGCACCUGGAGAGAUUUCUCGAGUGGCUCGUUAAGUUUGAACAGGAAGGAGUCGCCAUAGAUGUCUUUAAGUGGUUUCGAUACCUCACCUUCGAUGUGAUCACCGACAUUGCAUUUGGACAGCAAAUCGGAAUGCUGGAAUCGGAGGACAACCACUUCAUUUCGCAAGUAGAACUGAGGAAUAAGCGCAAUAGUCUGGUUGGACCUUUCCCUUUUCUACUUCCCUUGAUGCGUCUUUUGAGAAUGAAACUGGCGGAUGAUUGGAUCCAAGCCGAUGAAGAAAUCGCAAAAUAUGCGAUCCGCGCUCGAGACGGCUGGGCCGAUUCUGGUCCGGAAAACCGUAAUAGAGUUGACAUCUUGGCCAGACUGGAGGAGGCUGCAAAGAACAACCCAAAUACGAGUCUGACAGACAAGGAGACCAUUGCGGAAAUGAUGGAGAUACUGAAUGCUGGAUCAGACACGACAGCCAACACAGCCAUGUUCACAACCUGGGAGCUGGCUUCCCAUCCUGAAAUUCAGAAUAAACUGCAUAAAGAACUGGUGGAGGCAUUCCCCGACCCAUCAAAAACUCUGGAGCUAGAGAAAUUGGAGAAAUUACCCUUCCUCGAUGGUGUGUGCCGUGAAGGACUCAGACUACACGCUCCCAUUCCCUCAUACUUGGAGAGAAUCGCGCCAGCAAAGGGCCUGGAUAUUGCUGGAUCGCAUAUUCCCGAAGGCAGCCUCGUAGGAAUGCAGGCCUACACCAACCACCGUGAUGGCGACGUAUAUCCGGACCCAAAUGCCUUCGUGCCGGAAAGAUGGUCCGACCCUACGGCUGCAAUGAAGCUCAACUUCCUGCCUUUUUCUGCCGGACCGCGAGCAUGCAUUGGACUAAAUCUCGCAAAUAUGCAACUCCGAAUACACUUGGGGCACAUAUUCCGCCGGUACCGCGUGAUUCCCGCCCCACAUACCACACAGGAUUCAAUGGAACAUGUCGAAUUCUUCGUGAUCCGCCCCAAAAGCGGCAAAUGUGACCUCUACUUCCGCCGUGUCUGA